AUGUUCGACAAAAAGCCUAUAGCAGUAAAACCAUGGGAACCUGAUAUAGAUGUAAGUAAAGAGAAAGUUGACAGAAUUCCGAUAUGGAUUAGACUCAAGGGACUGGAUAUUAAGUAUUGGGGGAAGAAUGCUCUCACCAAAAUAUCAGGGAUGAUAGGGAAGCCAUUAAAGGCUGAUAGAGCAACAACUAAUAAGAAGCGACUUGCAUUUGCUAAGGUAUUGGUUGAAGUGUUAAUAAAUCAAACUUACCCAACACAAGUCAUAUUUGAGAAUGAGAUGGGGAAAAUAGUGAAACAAGAAGUAUAUUAUGAAUGGAAACCUACAUUGUGUCCAAAGUGCAAAAACUUUGGACAUGAAUUACAAGACUAUAGGAAAUUAUACAAAGAAGAAGCAGAACUGAGAGGGAAACAGAUUAAAAAGGAGAAGCAAGCAGUAGAGGGGACAGAAGUGAGCGCAAAGCAAACUGAAAAGGAGAAGCAAGCAGUAGAGGGGACAGAAGUGAGCGCAAAGCAAACUGAAAAGGAGAAGCAAGCAGGGGAGGGGACACCCAAAGCAGGGGAGGGGACAUCCAAAGAAAGAGGGCAUAACAAGGGAGAAAACAGAGCAAGGGGGAUAAGAAAAGAAACAAAUAAAGGUAAUGUAGGCCAGUGGGACUGGCUUGUUUGGCUUCUCGAAACCAAGAUUAAGAGAGCCAAAGCUCAUAGUGCUUCUUUUAAUCUAUGUGAUGGAUGGUCGUUUACAACAAACUUAGCAAAGCACCCAAGGGGUAGAAUAUGGUUGAUGUGGAAACCAAUGAUAUAUGAGGUAGAUAUUCUGAGAACAAUAGAUCAGCUAAUACAUAGUGGAGUAAGGCAUAAAGGUACUGGGAAGAGGCUAUAUGUAACUAUGGGAUAUGCAUAUAAUGAUAUGGCUCUUAGGAGAAAUUUGUGGAAGGAGAUAGUUGAUAUAUAUAAUCAUACUCAAGGCCCAUGGGUUGUGAUGAGGGACUUUAAUAGUGUUCUGAACAAGGAAGACUUGAUAGGGAGUCCAGUGACAAUGGCUAAAAUCAAAGACUUUAGACAAUGUGUUGAUACAUGCUGCCUUGAAGAGCUGAAAUCAACAUGGGCUUUCUACACAUGGAACAAUAAACAAAGUGGAGUUGAUAGAGUAAUGAGUAGAAUUGAUAGAGUGUUGGUAAACAUGGAGUGGAUGACAGAGCUGCCAGCGUCAGUGGUUCACUACAUGGCUGAAGGACUGAUGGAUCACAAUCCUGUAAUAAUCAAUUGGGAGAAUGGAAAUCAGAGAAACAACAGGCCAUUCAAAUAUUUCAAUAUGUGGAGUAUGGAUCCGGAAUUCAAACAAAAAAAGUGGAAGCUAGCUGGAAGGAUGGAAUCAAAGGAACAAAAAUGA